AUGAUGGCUCAAUUCGACAGCGACUCCGAUUCAGAUAGCAAUACCACCCGGCGCCAAAAUACAGUCUCGAAGCUGGACUUCGGUUCCAAGUCAAUCGCCUCAAAGACACACCAAAACGAAUCAGACAAUUCCGAGGACUCGGAUGACGAGGUAGCUGUCCAGCCGAAAGGACGAAUGGCAGCCCGGAUGCAAGGCACUACAAAUUUACAAACAGAAAAAGAACAGAGCUCAGCGCCUGUACCAGCAGCCGAAAGCGAACCCGAUGCCGAUUCCAGCGAAGAUGAUCUCCCUGCUGUGCGGAGGAGAAAAAAUAAUGCGGCUACACAAGAGUCGCCGGACGCCAACAUAUCCCAACAUUCAUCUUCUCGCGCCCGCUCUGAAUCGCCUCUAUUCGUCGAGGAAGAAAAUGACGCCGAUCAAGAGAAUGAACAACCAUCUAAAGGGAACACAAGAUUCCUUGCGCUUGUGGCUCAAAAGCGGAAAGAGCGCGAGGAGCGUGAGAAAGCCGAGGAAGAGAAAAAGGCUGCCCGAAAAGCACAGCUGGAGAAGUUCAGCUCUGACAUGAUUUCUGGAGAAGAGAGCGGAGCUGAAGAUCCAAAGUCGGCACACAAACUUAGCCAGAAAGCUCGACAACCGCGCAAGGCCAGUAAGAAGGCUAUGGAUGAGAUGAGACAAGAAACGCAGCGUAUGAGCCGAAACAUGCAACUUGCUCAUCAGGCACAGACGAAGAAGAAGAUCACAAAGGAGAGCUUCUUUGCUCGAUUCAACUUCGGAAAUACUGGACCUCCUACUGCCGAGCCUGCGCAGCCCAAUUCCUCCUCCGCAACUGGAUCAAUGCAGUCAUCAGAUGGCGAGGCGGUCCAGAAAACUCGUGACACUCCUCAUACUUCUCCUGUACUUGGCCCCUCCGACGCACAAAAGCCAGCGCAAGACGUCUCUACGCAACUACAUCCCGAAACUGAUGAUCAGGCCGCGACUGCGCUUGCUGAUCAAUCUGCGCCAAAGGAGAUCAUUGCAUCAGAGGAUGUGCAAACAAAGCCGUCUGGAGAACUAGUGACCCUUCCUACGCGUCCUCCGAAAAAAGAACCGUUCCAGCUCACCCGCCCCGCUGUCCGGGUUCUCAUGUCGAGGCGCGAAAUUGCUCGGCACCAACAGGAUCACUCAGAUAGCGAUGAUCUUGAUGUAGUCACUUCGCCUGGCAAGGCUCGUUGUAUUGCCGCUUUCGAGAACCUGCCCGCCAGGAAAAUGCAAGAGUCCGCUUCUAUGACCAGGCUCAAGGCUCUGGCCCACUUGACCUCUCCCACUCGCAAAUCGACCUCCAUGUCCAAUGCGGAGCUCUCAGCCAGUCUUCUUUACAAGGCCCGUCAGCAAGCCGCGAAGGAACGCAGAGAGCGCAUUGAGGAGCUCCGUGCCAAGGGUGUGGUUAUCGAAAGUGCAGAGGAGCGUGCAGCUAUGGAGGAUGACAUGGAGGAUUUGGUGGAGAAGGCUCGCCGAGAAGCCGAUGACAUCAAACGGCAAGAGAGGGCUGCAAGGAAGAAUGGUCAAGAUUUGGACGAUGAAGAAGACGAUGGUGAUUAUGAAUUCUCAGGCUCUGAGAAUGAGGAGCUAGGAUCUGCCGAUGAAGACGAUGAUGCUGGCAGUCUUGCUGAUAACCACGGUUAUCUUGAGAAUGAAGCAGAUGAAGCAGAUGAAUCAUCCGAUGGCGAAAGCGAGGCUUUAGCUUCAGAUGACGAAGUUGAACCCCCCGGGACACGGCGCAAGCGUCCAACACGGGUGGUCAGUGAUGAUGAGGACGAAGAGGAAGCUCAGCAACAAGUUCCAUCUACACCCGUCAGACCCCCGUCAAUCGCUGCACGGUCCGCGGAACGACCUCAUUUCCCUGGCAUGGACUCACCCAAUCUAUCCAUGGGUCUUACUCAAGCAUUUGCUGGUACCCUAGCCGAUGAUAAUGAUGACAUGAGCCGGCCAGCCUCGGUUGCAGUCCCAUUCUCUCUGCCAGAUCCAGGCCGCCCUGUACCUAGACUUCAUCAAGAGGAGUCUGAAAUUCUUGUUAAAGACAGCCAAGAACAACCGGACGAGCCUGAGUUCAUGAACAACUACCGCCAAAAUAUCACCCGAGUCUCUGAAUCACCAGCUGGGCGAGCAUUCUCUGAAUACUCGCAGCUUCCAGACCCUACUCAGGACGAAGGAUUUGUGUUUUCUCCUUUUGAUCCUUCCAAGCGAUUCAGAGGAACGCCGCCAGUCUCAACUGUAGAGACCGUACUCCUGGGUCAAAGUCAGUCACCUAUUGCUGAACGAAAGAGCAGACAGCUGCGGCGGGGACGUGCAGCUGAUUUGUCAGCUGUUGCAGAGGAAGCGGAAACAAACGAAGGUGACUUCGAGGUCAAUCCCAGUGCCUUUAAUGUGAUGAAGAAGGCCUCGAAGAAAAUACAUGUUCCCUAUGACAAGAAGAAUAGCAAGGCCAAGGGAAUCGUCGACGAGGCUGCAGAAGAGUCCGAGGACGAAUAUGCCGGACUCGGCGGUGCUAGUGACGAGAGUGAUGGAGAAGAGAAUGCAUACGACAAGCAAAUGAUCAACGACAACAGUGGUGAGACUGUUGACGAGAAAGAGCUUGCCGCUCUCAAUGCUGUCCAUGACCGAAACCGCGAUGAAAAGGAUGUGGCCAAGCUGCUUAAGGAUAUCACUACUGGAGCCCUUCGCCGUCGACGUGGUGCUGCCGAUGAUGAGUUUGAUCUCGAUGACUCUGAUGACGAACGUACAGCACGUCGACGUGAGAAGCAACGGGAGUUUGCCAAGAUGCGCAAAGCCCUUCUGGCAGACGACAAGAUGGGUGAACUUGCAGAGGAUCCCAAGAAAGCAGCAUUCUUCAAGGCCAUUGAAGAUCGCGAGUUUGAGGAUGAUUUUGAGCUGGAAUUUUUGGAGGAAAAGGAGAGCGAAUCCCAAAACGAAUCAUCGCAAGAUGUUCGUAUGGAGGGACAGGAAGAUAAUACUCAGGACGACAAGAAGCGCAAGCGACCUCUUGAACCUUCAACGGAAGACAUCGCAAACCGUCCUCCGCCUAAUCUUCGUCGCACUCCCGCUAGUGCUAUGUCGAAGAAGCCUGCUACAUUGGCUGAGAUUCGUGAGACUCUGUCCUUCUUGACCGAGACACCCGAAUACGACUCUUUCCACGAAGAUGCCUCUCUUGAUGAAGAUGAGCCAGGUACUGAGGGGGAUGACGCCGACGAGGCAGUCCACUCUGACAACGCCAAUUCACAACCCAAUGAGGACUUUGCUAAACCCAGUCACCCUCGUCGCACCCGCGCGCCUGUCGUCGAUCGCCUGUCUCUACUCCGUCAAGCUUCAUCGAACUCCGCCACUGCGACAUCUACCGGUUCCAGCAACACGAAAAUGGCUUUCCAGGCCGGUGCUAGCAACGAUGGCCCUAUCGGGUUCCGACCACCCCAACUUCUACGUCGUGUCACAGCUGGCUCCUCGUCCUCAUCUUCAUCUUCUGUGUCAGCAUCUAAUCGCGUGACGAAGCCUACUGCUUCUGGUCCUAAGAAGGGUGGUGCUGUCAAUUCUUAUACCGCUGCGCGGGAGAAGGAGCGAGAGAAGGAACUUCGCAUGAAGCAGCGUAACGGAGGUUCCAACGUUGCGAAGUUAUUGAACAAGCAUGCUGGUGGUGGAUUGGCCGGAUUGGCUGGAAAAGGCCAAUGGGAUUAA